UCCUGUAGAAGUUGCCUGUAAAAUGGGUUAGGCAAUCCAAAAAACACCAGGGGGUUACAUAACCUAUAACUUUCAUCACAAUAAUAUAACCUGCAAGUGGUAUAAAAACAAAUACUAUUCAACUUUUUUAAACACACACAAAAACGCAAAAAAGAUGGAUCUGAGUUGUUUGAAUACAAUAGAUUGUCAACAAGGCGCCGUGAGGGCUGUCCGUUUCAAUGUGGACGGCUCCUAUUGCAUGACCUGCGGCUCCGACAAGAAACUCAAACUCUGGAAUCCAUACCGUAGCCUUCUGCUCAAAACUUAUGGAGGCCACGGCAACGAAGUACUGGACGCUUGUGGUUCGUGCGACAGCAGUCAGAUUGUUUCGUGUUCGUCUGAUAAGUCGGCGAUUGUGUGGGACGUCUCCACUGGACAGCCGUUACGUAGACUACGAGGACAUGCCGCAUCAGUAACUUGUGUUAAAUUCAACGAAGAAUCUUCUGUUGCCGUGACGGGGAGUCUAGACAAUACGGUGAUGUGUUGGGAUGUUAAAUCGCGGAACACUAGCCCCAUACAGACACUUAAAGAAGCCAAGGACUGUAUUACGUCAGUUCAGGUCACAGAUCAUGAGAUUCUAACAGGAUCAGUUGAUUGCUCUGUGCGGAGGUACGACUUGAGGAAUGGGAGUUGCCAUGCUGAUUUUGUGGGGGCUGCUAUUACGAGUGUUAGUUUUUCACAUGAUGGACAGUGUAUUUUGGUGGGGUCUGCAGAUAGCACAGUUCGAUUGCUAGACAAGAAUUCAGGCGAGUUGUUGGGAGAGUAUGUAGGGCACAAAACUCAGGAUAUGAAUAUCGAAAGUGGUAUUAUAACAAGUGAUAAUCAUGUGUUGUCAGGUUCAGUGACAGGAGAACUGUUUUGUUGGGAUUUGGUUGGUGGAAACGUUGUGAAAAAGUACACUCACACUUCUAAAAAAGUUUUGAACUCGAUUAGUAUUCAUCCCACACAAGACAUUGUUUUAACUGCAUCUGUACAGACGAUAAAAGUUUGGGGCAAAGCUGAAAAUGCGCCAGAAAAUGUGGUAAAUGUAUGAAUAAAGUGUAUAUUUUCCUAAAAAUACAAACAUAACAAGUA